GCGGCACCGUCUCCAGUUUCUCACAGACAACGCUGACACUCCUGAGCCAUGAAGACCCUGAUCGUUGUAGCAUUCCUGGCUGCCAUGUGCUUGGUUGCCACAAGCGCUGAGCCUUCCCCAGAUGCCGAACCCGGUCACUUCAGGAGAGGUUUCGGUGGAGGUUUCGGAGGAGGCAUCGGUGGGGGCUUCCAUAGAGGUGGCUUCGGGGGAGGAUAUGGAGGAUAUCGUGGAAGGAGGAGUGCCGAAGCUGACCCUGAGGCCGAUCCUGGCUACUUAGGUGGUAGAGGCUUCGGUGGCGGCUUCGGAGGUGGCUUUGGGGGUGGCUUCGGAAGCGGAUUCGGAGGAGGAUUUAGACGAGGUGGAUAUUACGGCUGAUCAUCACCUGUCAAGCCUGACAUUAUAUAAUGACUUGUGCUCAGAAAAUCUGAAUUUAGAAAUACAAAAUAUGUAAAACAAAAUUA